GUGCUAUGGUGACAUCUGUCAACUGACAAUUUGCUUCCAUUCUUUUUCUUUUGAAAAAAUUAACCAGUUUUUGGUUCAUUCUCCUCCACUUGAAGCAAUUAUUGGAAGAGUGCGUUCCGAAAAUCUCCAACAAAUAUAGGUGCGAUAGAACUUUUGUACUUCCUCAAUAAGAAAGUUAACAGUGAUAUGGUGGUGGUGUAGGGCCAUUCAAUAACGAGAACAACUGCUUUAAUAAGAAUAAAAGCUAUCGAAACUUAUUUGCGGAAAUAUUUUGUUUAAUUUAACAACGAAUUUUAUUCUAUAAAGGGAGUGAGAUUUUUGAUAUACAAAAAAACAAGAAAAUAAAGAGAAACAAUGUCAGCUGUUGAAAUCAUGAAGGAACAAAACAACAACGAGGACCAGAAAGCAUGUGGUUCAGGUUCUCCCUUGUCUAAUGCGGCGUCAGCCCCUACAUCAUCAGGUGCACCUGCUACAACCCUACAGACGUCAGAGAGUGUUAAGGUUAAUGCUCAGGAUGAAAUGACUGCAUUAGCGGACCACUAUAAAAAUCAGGGAAACGAUUAUCUUAAGGAAAAGGAUUUUUCAAAAGCUAUCGAAAUGUACACCAAAGCCAUAGAAUUAAAUCCAUCAAAUGCUAUAUACUAUGCCAAUCGCUCGUUAGCGCAUCUAAGACAAGAAAGUUUUGGCUUUGCUCUGCAAGAUGGCGUAGCGGCGGUAAAGGCCGAUCCCACAUAUCUCAAAGGUUACUAUCGGAGAGCAGCAGCACACAUGUCACUGGGAAAAUUCAAGCAAGCCCUCUCCGACUAUGAAUAUGUAUCAAAAUGUCGUCCUAAUGAUAAAGACGCAAAACUCAAGUACACAGAGUGUAAUAAAAUUGUAAAAAUGAGAGCAUUUGAAAGGGCUAUUGCUGUAGAUAAACCAGAGAAAACACUAACAGAAAUGUUUAGAGAUUUUGAAAAUAUCGCUAUUGAGGAAGAUUAUACGGGACCGAUGCUGGAAGAUGGGAAAGUUACUUUAAAGUUUAUGCUAGAACUCAUGGAUAACUAUAAGCAGCAAAAGAAAUUGCAUCGUAAAUUUGCCUAUAAGAUUCUUUGCGACAUUGACGCCUAUAUGCGUACACAAGAUUCCAUGGUUGAUAUCACAGUGCCCGAUGAAGCAAAAUUCACAAUCUGUGGUGAUAUUCAUGGUCAAUUUUAUGAUCUUAUGAACAUAUUUGAAAUCAAUGGUUUGCCCUCCCCAACCAAUCCAUAUCUUUUCAAUGGUGAUUUCGUGGACAGAGGCUCAUUUUCUGUAGAAUGUAUAUUUACACUAUUUGGUUUUAAGUUACUAUACCCAAAUCAUUUUUAUCUAUCAAGAGGCAAUCACGAAAGUAUUAACAUGAAUCAAAUGUAUGGCUUUACCGGCGAAGUAACGGCCAAAUACACGAGUACCAUGGCCGAUAUGUUCACUCAAGCUUUCAAUUGGUUGCCCUUGUGCCAUUGUAUCAAUAAGAAAAUCUUGGUUAUGCAUGGUGGUCUCUUUUCAAGUGACGAUGUUUAUUUAGAUGAUUUGCGACGCAUAGAUCGCAAUUGUCAGCCUCCAGAGGAUGGCUUGAUGUGUGAGUUAUUGUGGUCUGAUCCGCAGCCUUGGGCAGGUAGAGGGCCCUCCAAACGUGGCGUCGGAAUACAAUUUGGACCAGAUGUUACAGAGGCAUUUUGCAAACGCAAUAAUCUGGAUUAUGUAGUGCGAUCGCAUGAAGUCAAGAACAUGGGCUAUGAGGUUACUCAUGACGGCAAAUGUAUAACCGUGUUCUCCGCACCCAACUAUUGCGAUACCAUGGGUAAUAUGGGAGCGUUUAUAACAAUCAAAGGCAAUGAUUUGACACCCAAUUUCCGAUCGUUUGAAUCAGUGCCGCAUCCGGAUGUUAAACCAAUGGCAUAUGCAAAUAGACUUAUGAGCUUGUUGGCGUAGUCGCUUUAGUCACACUACUUUAAACUUCUUCUACGGCUCUAAUGUUUUCAAAACAAUCUUAAUGCAAAACGAAACAUACGCUACGCCCCUAUUUUACAUGUAAAAAGAAACCAUGCAGUAACAAGAGUUGGGGGAUGUACCAUCCACGUUCCACUUGUUCUCCUGCACCAGCAACAAUACAUCAAAACACAUGGCAUAACAAAUCAAGCUUUAUACACAAAAAUGAAACUGAACAUGGUCCCAGAACAAAUUAACAUUCACUUCCAUGUUGCGUCCCGGAGCGAACAAAAGCAUAUGAUAUUUGCAAUCGGUAUGGGAAUUGUUUAAGGUUACAUAAAAUACGAUACAUACAUAUAAGUGUUUGUUUUUACUUGUUUGGUUUGUUUGUUAAUUCUUUUUUUAGCGUAUUAUUUCCUAGCAUAUUUUCAAUAUUUUAGCGAUUUAAGCAACAAAUGUCAAGUUUCGAUGCCAUCUUUGUAAUUUA